AUGCAGGAUAUGCUUUUGGACACAUUUCCGGAAACGGUACAUUUUGAUGGCAGGUUGCGACCAUUUACGGCGCAGUCUCCCAAUCAAGGAGCAACCUCUCACGUGAUCUUUCUCUGCCUUUGUGCCGGCUUAGCGGUGCCAGUCACAGGCUUGGCGGCCGCCAGGGGUUGGAAUGUGCCACGCAUUGUUCGUGCCAUGUUCGAGAUUCGACAGGUUCGCUGCGACACCUGCGAAGAGGGUCGCAGAGGGCAGGCUGUAGAGGAAAUCCAGAUCGAGGUGAACCGCAUCAGGAGAUUGGAAAUGAGUGGUCUUCUAGAGGAAGAGGUAACCGUGGAGGAUUUUCACGAAUCCUUUGCUGAUCCACGCCACAGUGCGAAAAUGCUGUGUGACAGAGCAGACGAGUCCGCGGCUGAGGAGACCAUCCAUCGCACAGACUUGAUCGCACAAGGAUUCCAGGACCGGGAGCUCCGCUACCGAGGGAACAUCGCCGCUGCUCGCGAUCAACUGCUGGACCACGCGCAGGAGUACAGCAAGCUGCAAGCGGGCUUGCGAAGAUCCAUGGAAGACCUCGCACUCCUACGGGAUGAUCUGGAAAUUGUAAGACACGAUUUCGAGAAAUUCCAGCGAAAUAGUCAGGAUGACGAGGAUCGCGAUCGAGGAACUCUGGCUCUUUUGAGCGGCGAACGCAAGGAACUGGAGAGAAAGCUUUCCGAAUUGAAAGACCGAGGCAGUCACCUGGACUUUGAGAGCAAUAUGCUACGAAGUCGAGCCGAACAGGUCAGGGAGAGGGUCGCCAACGAAUUGAUCGGUCUCGAUUCGUCCGGCACAAGCAAAACAAAGCUUGGACUUGUCCACCGUAUCGAAAUGAGUGUCACUGCCGACCAAUGCAUAAACAUCACCAGCGCAUCCAUCUGCGAGGUUUGCGGAGGCGGACUUGUUCUUCCCCUCUUCGCACCAGAUGAGCAGACAUGGAAUGAUGGCCUACGUGCAGUCCUGUACUUCACUGGGCUAUUUUGGUCCUUCAUGGGCGUAGGCAUUGUCUCUGACAUCUUUAUGGGAUCGAUCGAGAAGAUCACGUCGAAGAAGAAGCGAAUCUUCAGCUCCAACCUGCAGACUUUUAUCACUGUCAAAGUGUGGAAUUCCACCGUCUCAAACUUGACGCUGAUGGCCUUGGGUUCGAGUGCUCCGGAAAUCCUUCUGAGCGUCAUAGAGCUGCUCAAGAACAACAUGUAUUCUGGCGAUUUGGGCCCAUCCACAAUUGUUGGCAGCGCAGCCUUCAAUUUGCUGGUCAUCACCGCCGUUUGCGUUUCGGCAAUCCCUGGUGGUGAAUUCCGUAGGAUCAAAGACAUCCAGGUCUUUGCUGUCACUUCGACCUUCUCCGUUUUUGCAUAUCUUUGGCUAAUCGUCAUGUGCAUGUUGUGGACGCCUGACGUCAUCACGAUCCCAGAAGCACUCAUAACGUUCUUCUUGUUUCCGGUCCUAGUGGGUCUUGCCUUCAUGGCUGACAAGGGGUAUUUCUCUUCUGGAAGCAACAACAAGGAGGCGCAGAAGGUCCUUCUGGACGCAGCGACGGAGCAGGAGAUCGCCACAAUGAGGAUGCGAAUACUCAAGAAGCAUGGCACAGGGAUUCCAGACGACAAGGUUGUGGCCCUCAUUAGAGAAGAGUUUGGUGCAGCAGAAGAACCUUCAAGAGCAGCUCGACGCAUGGCGGCCACAGAGAAGCUCUUCGGUGGUGGAAGGCGAAAAUCUGACACCAAGGUGGUCCCAGUGCAACUGUCGCCGGAACAGAAGGAGGCCAGCAAGCCCAACGUUGUCUUCGCCUUCGAGCACCUGGAAUACUCCUGCCUGGAAAGCUGUGACAAGCUGGAGCUGCUGGUCACCCGGGAGUCCGACAGCAUCGAGCCGUUGGGCAAGGGGAGUGUCAUGUACAGAACGAAAGAAGUCACGGCGAAGGAUGGGAAAGAUUUCAUCCAGGCUGAGGGCAAGCUGGACUUUGAAGAGGAUGAGACGGAGAAGAUGAUAUACAUUCAGAUCCUCGAUGAUGACGAGCAUGAGCCCGACACGUACUUUGAUGUUGAGCUCUACCAGCCCUUCACCGUCGACGAAUCAAAGGUCGAGACGAAGCUGGGCAAGAACAAGACCGCUCAUGUCAGGAUCGUCGAUGAUGAUGCGGUCGGAGUUCUGGCCUUCAGCAGCCAAGAAGAGAAGGUUAGCGAGGAUUUUAGCGGCGAGAAGGUCAUAUCGAUCAUGGUCCAUCGGCAUGCCGGUGCCAAGGGGGCCGUGUCCUGUUCCUACCGGACAGAAGAUGGCACUGGCAUCGCCGGCAUAGACUACGAAGAAGCCACGGGAACACUGGAGUUUGCAGAUCAGGAGACGGAGAAUGAGAUCCAGAUCACCAUUAAGCCGAGAGGCCGCUUUGACACGACCUCCAUCUUCAGGCUGUACAUAGAAGAAGCGACAGGUGGAGUCGGUUUUGCAGCUCAUACUGAUGGUGGAGAGGAAUGCUGCAUCUGCACGAUUGUUGUUGGAAGCGAUGAAGUGACGAAGCGCCGAGCAGACAAGCUAAAGCAGGCCUUCAAAGUCAACUGGGAGGUGCAGAUGAUGGCUAGGGACAACUGGAAGGACCAAUUCACUGAUGCGGUUCUCCUCGAUGCUGGGGAAGCAACAGGCUGUGAGCUGGCCACUGCCUGGAUAUUCCACCUCAUCACGAUGCCCUGGAAGGUCAUUUUUGCUUUGAUCCCUCCGGUUGACUACUGCGGUGGCUGGCUUUGUUUCUGCUCCUCACUGGCCAUGAUUGGCGCAGUGACUGCAGUUAUAGGUGACUUAGCCGAGCUCUGCGGCUGUGUGGUGCAAAUGCCAGACGAAAUCACGGCAAUCUCCCUGGUUGCCCUUGGCACUUCGCUGCCAGACACCUUUGCAUCCAAGACAGCCGCGGAGCAGGAUCCCACAGCAGAUGCUUCCAUCGGAAAUGUCACUGGAAGCAACUCCGUCAAUGUCUUCCUUGGUCUCGGCUUGCCUUGGACCAUCGGAGCCAUCUACUGGGCAGCUCUAGGCGAGUUGUCCGCGGAUCAUUACUGGUUUGAAAAGUACCGUGGCCAGAGUGUCGUGGACAUUUAUCCGACAGGUGGGCAGUUCGUGGUUUUAGGUGGGAACUUGGGAUUUAGCGUGGCUGUCUUUUGCUGCUGCGCGUCUUGCUGCAUCAUGGUGAUUCUGAUACGACGAUGGUUUGUCGGUGGCGAGCUCGGCGGUCCGAAAGGCUUGAUGUAUGCAACCUCAGGAUUCCUUGCUCAGCGCUGUGCUUGUGCCGAAGACGAAGCUUCAUGUCGGGGCAGGUCCACGUGGCUGUUGGACCCGGACGAUGCAGAUCUUGAUAUCGGUGUGGGAACAGGGACCAACCACACCUUCAGGGAGAAGGGAGGUCUGCUUGUGGCUGACAUAUGUGGGCCUAUCCUCAUGGAACGUCCUGACGCAGAAAAGCUAGGCGGGUUUGGGCACACAGCACGGCUGAAGCUCGACAGUUUCCAAAACUCCCCUGAGCAUGUGUGGUUGCAGCGGGGGACGGUUUUGGCUGCUGAAGAGCUAGAGGUGGACGAACAUGUCACGGUGCGAUGGAGCCAUUUCGUCGGUUCUGGCAAUUGCUGGUACUCCUGGGGCUAUGUUCGUGACAGCUCGGGCAAUUUUUUAGAUUCGAUCACCGGCAACACAAAGGCCACUGGUGUGUUCGCGUGGCAGGUUCCUGCGAGACUCUGUGGCAAGAAGAUUCAGGUGGAAAUGUGCAGCGGCAGUCCUCCACGGAAGACUAAGCAUGCUUGCCACCGGUCGAAGGGUUUUCUGGUGAGAGGUGACUGCUCGGAGGACUCCUCGACUAGGAGUGUUGAAGGGAUUGAAGGCACCACCGCGACGACCACCUUGUCGGACGUGGGUGAAUUGGGGCCAUUGCCACUGCAUUCCAGAUCUCGACGUUGGACUCCGGCUUCUGCCAGCAGCCAAACCACGGUUACUAACACCGAAAGACCCUCCGAUGCAUCGGUGACUUCGGUGGCCCUGGUUGUCGUGUGGUUGGGCAGGUUGCCUACCUUCGCGGGUGCGUUUGCAGAGACUGCGCGGGGCAGCGGACCCACUUUCCUGAUUUUCCACACACAUGACGAAGAACCUCCCGUGCGAUCUGACCGCGUUCAUUUUGAGCACUUGACCUUGAAAAGCUUGGCAACCAGACUUUGGAAGACUGACGUAAUGCAAAACGUCUUUAGUACCAUGUCCUUUGAGUCUUUCGAAGAUCGUGUGGCAGAGUGCUAUGCGGAUGACAAUCCAGCAAAAGGCAACGACCUAAAGCCUCUGUAUGGAGCUUUGUUUCAGGAGGAGCUACGCAACUACACACAUUGGGGCUGGACAGAUCUUGACAUGAUUUGGGGAAGGCUCGACCUCUUCUUGACCAAGGAUUUGUUAACGAAGUACGAUGUGAUUUCGUUUCCGGACGGUGCCAGGCCGGCCUUGUACCUGUCGGGACAGCUCACGAUCUUUCAAAACACGCCCAUCUGGCGCCACUUCGUGGACGGUUGCCUGGAGGGUCCGGGCCACGUGAACUAUGGGGGGUGUUAUGCAGAGGGGCUCUUGUCAGAAGCAAACCUUUUCUUCGAUGAGAAGCUUGCCAUCUGGUUUGCAGCACUGAGACAUGCGCGCAUUUGGGUGGAUUUCAGUCCGUUGCUGAUAGAGCCCAGGUGGUCGCGCUUGUCUGGCCGUGGCGUACAGAAGCUGUUUCGUGAGCAAGGGCGCCUUCUGGUGCAUGGGAGUCAGAGUUUGCCUUUCGUGGAUGUUGAGCGGCGGAACAUGGAAGUACACAAGCUGCAGAACUCAUCAGACUGCUACACGGAGUUUGGACUCGGAUGGAGCUUUGCCUGUGUGCCGACCGAGGGGAACGAUGCCUUCGGCAUUGCGUAUGAGAUUGCUGAUCAAAGGUUGCUACUGUCGCCGUCGCUGCCUCGCCUGGUAGAUAGCGGAGUGGAGUUUGCAGCGUGGCACCUGCACCGGAGUAAACAACGCUUUCACUGGGAGUCCCAGUGCCAAACAGUGACAUGCCACAGAGAACGAUCUGCAAACAUCAGCUGUGAAUGCAGCUCAACUGGGUCUGGAGCUUCCUGGAAUCUCCCGAUUCCGAACAUUGUCCAUUUCGUGCUCACCGACCGAGACACUCGAUUCUUUGACUGGCCGUGCUAUGCAGCCAUCCGAAGUGCCUGGGAAAAGCUCCAGCCGGAACAACUGCUUGUUCAUGUUCUAGAUGGAGUGGAGCCUGGCACUUUUGAUGACUGGUGGCAAGCUGCCAGGGCAUUCAUUACUGCGGUAGUUCCAUUUUCACGCUCGACCGUGCCGUCUUCACUGAAUGGACUUCGGCUAAGCCAUCCUGCUUUCAUAGCUGAUUUCCGGCGCAUUCAGAUCCUGCACGAUUGGGGCGGCAUAUACAUGGAUACGGAUGCGUUGUCCUUGCGUGAGUUUGAGGACCUGCGAGGAUGGAGGGCCGUUCUGGCAAGACAGGGUGGAGUGGAGCUACGUGCUACCGUGGGAUUGAUGAUGUUUGAGAAGAACUCCCCGCUGCUGCUGCCCCUGCUUGAUCGAAUGAGGAAAGCUUACACCGGAUCCUGGGGAGUACAUGCUGGGCAUGUUCUGGACGACAUGCUGGCAGGCAUCCGACCCGAAGGAGUUGCAAUCCUGGCGCGUAGCAGCGGCUUCUUCGCAUCUUCCUGGCAUGCCUCUGAUUUUGUUGAAUUAAUGGAAGAGUCUGGAAUUGUGGACUGGAGCCGCUGCUGGUCUCUGCAUCUGUACAACUCUCAAACCAAGCGGUUUACUAAAGAUCCCGUCGAGCUUUGCAGAGAUUCAUCCUACAAGUCUGGCGAUCUGUGCAACGGUCUUCGCUUAACAGUUGACAUGGACGACAUCUAUGGCAUGGUUGGUCGUGGGUAUCCUGUGAUGAACAGCAGGAUCGAGGAAGCCUUCCUAAAAAGAGCCGACGAGCAAGCCGCGCUGUUUGAUGUCCCAGUUUCUCACUCCCUGGAUAUUCAGCGAGAGGCCGCGCAGGCAUCACGGCCAGAGCUUUGA